CAUCAGCAGGAGACACGCCGACGCACCCGCGGUCAUGUUUGGUCACUUGUUUGCAGAGGGAACUAUUCGAUAGGUAAUUAGAGGGCACUUUUACAACAACUUUACGGUUAUCAACCUUAUUUGGUGCUUUAUUCUUUCAUUUGAAGGAAACGCGUUUUGUAGCAGCGCUCGGUAAAACCGUUCACCAAGGUCACAAGUGCCGGUGUGUGUAGUGGGGGAGCUAAGCCUGCAACCACGUGCGGUUUAUAGGAGGCAGUUUUUUUUAUUUUUAAAGCCACAUAAGUGCAGGAAAUAUGGCUGGACUUAUAGACUUUAAAGACGAGAAGGAAGUGAAGCAGUAUCUGGACAAUUUGGGAGUGGAGUACAGCUUCCAGUGCCACAAAGAAAACGACGUCGAAGGGUGCCAGAGGCUGGCGGACUACUUUGAAGCGGUGAAGAGGAACUACGAGUCUGCAGCUCAGGUGCUCAAACACAACUGUGAGAAGAAUGGACACGGAGAGAGCUGCUAUAAACUGGGGGCGUACUACGUCACCGGCAAAGGUGGCGUGACGAAGUGUCUGCAGACGGCCUACUCCUGCUUCAUGCGCUCCUGCCACACCGACGGGAAGAAGUCCCGGGACGCGUGUCACAACGUCGGCCUGUUGGCCCACGACGGGCGAGUCAGCGAGGGGGGGGCCCCCGACCUCGCCGUCGCUCGGCAGUACUACGAGAAGGCGUGCGGCGCCGGCUUCGCCGCCUCCUGCUUCAACCUCAGCGCCCUGUUCAUCAAGGGCAACGCCAAGGGGAUGCCGCCGGACAUGAAGCAGGCCGCCAAGUACGCCGACAGGGCCUGCGAGCUGGGACACGUGUGGGGCUGCGCCAACGCCAGUCGCAUGUACCGACUCGGGGAGGGCACGGAGAAGGACGAGAAGAAGGCCGAGCAGCUGAAGAAUCGGGCGAAGGAGCUGCGCGGUUUGAAGAAGGAGAGUCAGCUCAAGUUCGGGGAGUGAACGGGACACUGUGUGUGUGUGUGUGUGUGUGUGUGUGUGUGUGUCUGUUCGCAUGUAGGAGGUUAUAUGUUGCUUAACGGAUGUGUGUGGCUCGGCUGCAGUGUCAGAUUCAGGGAGUAGUAUUGACUAUUUAUAUUUGUAGAUUCCAGCCAAAAUCUAAAAAUGCUUAGUUGUGAUUCGUGUACAGUAUAAGAUGAUAUGUAAUGACCUUGUAAGGACUGAUUUGUGGGGUAAAUAAAACAUUUUUGUGAAUAACUCUGAA